AUGCAGUUAGCAGUAUUUGGCUGGCAAAUGGCAGCAAUAAAAUAUGAGAAAGAUCGUGCAGCAGGUACAAUUCUACCAAACUAUAACGAAUACGGUAGAUUGGAUAUACCCAGUUAUUACGAAAGUUAUUGGCAGAGCCCUGAGGAACGCUUUUAUACUGGUUUAUUCAUUAUUCAAAUAUUAUGCCUAAUCGCCUCAUUUUUCUUAUUGUUUGCUUCUUGCUCACUCAUUUAUGGUGCUCAUAUUCUGUACUGCGUAUUUGUUGUAUUGUUGUUCUAUCGUUAUAUCAGUCAUGAAAUAACUCAUCACAAUGGAAAAGAAAGUUAUAGACCAAGAAUAUACGAUGAAUUGAAGAGAGAUAAUUAUCACGUUAAUAAUUAUCUUCCCGAAUUGGAGCAUCCUGUGAAAUCAGGCUAUAGGAAAAAUGAAUCAUCACGACGUGAUCAGUAUAAUCGUCUAAAGGAUUAUACGAUGGUGCAGCAGCAGUCUGUCUCGGCUACUCCAACACGUGUCCGAAAAACAACCUUCGCAGAUGAUUUAGUUUCUACAUGGGUCAAAGAACAACAGUCUCUAAAAGAUUUGCCAGAUCAUGCUAACAGUGAACCAAUCACGCAACAGAAACCAGGAGAUAUCUAUUCGUUGAAGCAUUCAUAUUCUGUGCCAUCAAUUAAUGCGAGAACCUCAGGUGCUAGAUGUUGUCAUCGUCAUCGACACAAACAUUGUCAUCACCGUCAUCAUCAUCGUCAUCAUCACCAACAUAAACAUCGAUCGAGCUCACGAGAUGACCAAGAUGAUCACGGUCGACGAAGAAGCUCAUCAAGACAUCGUUAUCGUUUUCCAUCUAUAACAAGCAGUUCUGGAUCAGUGAGCACUGAUUAUUCAGACGACUCAUAUCUUAUUAGACGUCGUUCUCGAAGCUUUAAGAAUGGUAGUGCGGCAACUGACGAUCUCAGAAUAGCCGAAGGGCAUAGGUCACGGCGGACGGAAUUUGAAAAUCAUCAUGAAAAUUUGAAAGGAUUUGGAGAUCGUCGACGCGGAUCACGGAAAUCAAGACUUCAUCAGUAUGACGAUAAAAAGACAACUUCGCGUAAUGCUUCGCCGACUGUCGCUGUGCAAACAGAUUCGGUAUUAUCACAUUGGCCUCUGGAUAUGCAAAAGGGAUUAACACUUCCACAACAAAUCAUCAUUCCACCAUCACGUGGAAAUAUUGGCCCAGACGGCCGUCCACAACCGCAAACAUAUCAAAUUAACUCUGAAAUAAGAAUUUCUUACGAUCAAAAGGGUAGACCAAUACCACAUGAAGUUUCCGCUUUAUCGAGGACUCCAGAGAAUGGGGAGCAAUCUUCUCCAACAUAUUCACAAUCUCGGGUUCAGACUACCUUACUGCCGUGGAUAUACGGUUGUGUUCCGCUUUCGUCAACCGUGAAAGAAAUGUUGAAUUCAUCUUGGUGGCUGCUUCUAAUAUAUUUAACGGUAAUUGCUAAUGGGAAAUUAAAUGGACAGCACAUAGAUAAACACAAUGACCAUCAUGCUGUUAAUGGCAGCUAUCCGGUGAGAGAAGAACGCAAGGCAUAUCAUGAUCACGAUGACUUGUUCGGAGCUAAAAUGUAUAGAACGCUUUUCUCUGUGAAGCAUCGCGAACAUUUGAGUGCGGUGAGAAGCUUGAUGGCUAUGAAUGAAAAGAAACGAGUGAAGCUUCUUCUUGAAUUGAUCUCCAAUAUCAUUAAGGUGAUGAGUAAUGCGAGAAAUAUAAUUGAAAAAGCCAAUUUCAACCCGAAUGAUACAUUUCCUAGUGAAGAGCGAAGCACUUUGAGAGAUGCUAUUGGGAAUAUUGUCGAAAAUACUGCUUUUUACAGUAAUUUGGCAUUAUAUUUUCCAACAGUACUGCUAGACAGGUAUAAAAAGGAUGCCGAUUGGCAAUUACUAUUUGCCUGGGCUUAUAAAUUUACAACAACAGCACACUUGCAUGAUGACGCUGCGGAAAAAUUGCUCGAUUUAGUUGGACAACAGUUAGAAAUCAUUCCAAGAAGAGAUGAUUUCCACAAUCCGUAUGAUAGAAAAGCAAUUAAGGAAGAGUUACAACGAGAAUCAGUACGAAAAAUGGAAAAAGUAUUAAAAGAAAAACAGGAACAAAAAAACGGUGAACAUCGAUUUGAUCAUGAUUGUCAGUUUAAAAAAUUGAAUGCUGAACAAUUAGCAACAUCCAUCUAUGACAGUGGUAAACCACUGAAAUCUUAUUUAUGUUCGAAGGAUGGCUGUUUCACUUCCGAGAUCAUCCGAAUCGACUGUCAACAUUGUGGAUUCAACUUCUGUCUGAAGCAUCGUUAUCCAGAAGAACAUCAGUGCCAUACCCAAGAUGCUAAUGGGCAAAUUAACGGUGAUCUUCAGAAAGAAUUAAAAAAAAAUAUGAUUAUUGCUGAUGACAAAAGAAAUAUUGGUGAGGCAAGUAUCCAUUCACCGCUGCAGAAGAAGAAAGUGAUGGAUGAAGCAGUGCAAAAAAGGGCUGAUCAAAUAGCACUAAUGCGUCUUAAAUUAAAUACUCGAAAUUGCAAUAUUCCAACUGUCGAACAAAUGUUUUUAUUUGUCACAGAAAAUCAGAGACGUGAACCAGUUAUGGUUUCUAAGGUACUACGAUUGUACUGUGAAGCGGAUCAGGCGAAUCCUUUGCCGAUGAGUGAUAAUGUUGAGAAGCAUUUGAAAGAUCUCUCUAACGUUUUUCUCAAAAGGGACGAGUGA